AUGGAGAUGUUGCGUCGCUCCUCAGUAUUCGCGGCUGAAGUGAUGGAAGUAUUUGACCGAUCCCCCACAGACAAGGAGCUGGUGUCACAGGCGAAGGCGCUAUGCAGGGAUUUCAUACAUUCCAGGCUGAACAGGACCGGGAUUGGGUGGUCGAAACCCGAGCAACAGCUGUCGGCAUCAGGUGGGACAUUUGGAGAAAUCUCCUCUGUCCUCAUGUGGUUAGGUAAGAACGCAGUUUGUGUACAUUGGUGGGCUACUGUGUCUGUCUGAAUGACAGGCUGCGUACCUAUUAAGGGCUGUAUUCAGCAACACAUCCUAUAGGACCAUUUUAGAAAGCACUUAGUAAUAUAUUGUCUACAAUGUCCAAAUAUUAUAGACUGAACGAUAGUUUUUGAGCCAGCCAAUGCAUGUUAAAGGGUGUUCAUUCAUAAAAUGAUUAGUUAAUUCAAGGUUUAUACAAACAUGUCCAUUCAAUAGAAAAUUCCGACAGAAAAACAAUUGUCCGAACCCCAUGUCUCUCAAAAGUUAGACGAUUUACUGAAAAUUGAGCAUGUUUAGAGUGAAUGGAAUGUCAUCACAGGCAUGAUCAGAAAGUCGCUUCUCCGCGGCAGAACGGUGCUAACUUACAACUGUUCCUGUUUUCAAUGUGUAUUUCCCUUUACAUCGCCAUAGAAACGGCCCCUCUCAAAGUAGAUUGAUCGCCAAUAUUGGCUUCAUUGCUAAGGAUCUGGAUGUGAAAAUGAUGAAAGCAUCAAGUUGAUUUUGAUGAAUCCAACCAGUGGAAACAACUCCAAAUGGUACCACCUCACAACACCAAAUAUGGAAGCGAUGCAACCAAGCGCUGCGCGGUCUAAACUAGCAACGGUCACAGCAAAUUGACCUUCUUAUUUCAUCAACACUGUCAGGUACAAGUAUAUUAAGGUUAUAAUAUUGUAGAGAACAAUUUAAUGAUUAUUUCUAUGUAAUUUAUAAUGACACAGGGCAAAGAAAUGUUGACAUUAAUUUCGUAGCGCCCUCUCAAAGUGUGUUUUUCCCCUAGUCACCAAUAUUACUUGGAGUCCCAUCACAAAAUCAUUCAUAUACACUACCAGUCAAAAGUUUUAGAACACCUACUCAUUCAAGGGUUUUUCUUUAUUAUUUUUUUUACUAUUCUCUACAUUGUAGAAUAAUAGUGAAGACAUCAAAACUAUGAAAUAACACAUAUGGAAUCAUGUUGUAACCACAAAAGUGUUAAACAAAUCAAAAUAUAUUUGAGAUUCUUCAAAUAGCCACCCUUGCCUUGAUGACAGCUUUGCACACUCUUAGCAUUCUCUCAACCAGCUUCACCUGGAAUGCUUUUCCAACCGUCUAGGAGUUCCCACAUAUGCUGAGCACUUGUUGGCUGCUUUUCCUUCACUCUGCAGUCCGACUCAUCCCAAACCAUCUCAAUUUGGUUGAAGUCGGGGGAUUGUGGAGGCCAGGUCAUCUGAUGCAGCACUCCAUCACUCUCCUUCUUGGUCAAAUAGCCCUUACACAGCCUGGAGGUGUAUUGGGUCAUUGUCCUGUGGAAAAACAAAUGAUAGUCCCACUAAGCCCAAACCAUAUGAGAUGGCAUAUUGCUGCAGAAUGCUGUGGUAGCCAUGCUGGUUAAGUGUGCCUUGAAUUCUAAAUAAAUCAAAGACAGUGUCACCAGCAAAGCACCCCCACACCAUAACACCGCCUCCUCCAUGCUUUACGGUGGGAACCACACAUGGAGAGAUCAGCCGUUCACCCAGCCGUCUCACAAAGACACGGCGGUUGGAACCAAAAAUCUCCAAUUUGGACUCCAGACCAAAGGACACAUUUCCACCGGUCUAAUGUCCAUUGCUCGUGUUUCUUGGCCCAAGCAAGUCUCUUCUUCUUAUUGGUGUCCUUUAGUAGUGGUUUCUUUGCAGCAAUUCAACCAUGAAGGCCUGAUUCACACAGUCUCCUCUGAACAGUUGAUGUUGAGAUGUGUCUGUUACUUGAACUCUGUGAAAACAUUUAUUUGGGCUGCAAUUUCUGAGGCUGGUAACUCUAAUGAAUUUAUCCUCUGCAGCAGAGGUAACUCUGGGUCUUCCAUUCCUGUGGCGGUCCUCAUGAGAGCCAGUUUCAUCAUAGCGCUUGAUGAUUUUUGCGACUGCACUUGAAGAAAUGUUCAAAGUUCUUGAAAUGUUCCAUAUUGACUGACCUUCAUGUCUUAAAGUAAUGAUGGACUGUCGUUUCUCUUUGCUUAUUUGAGCUGUUCUUGCCAUAAUAUGGACUUGGCCUUUCACCAAAUAGGGCUAUCUUCUUUAUAUCCCCCCUACCUUGUCACAACACAACUGAUUGGCUCAAACACAUUAAGAAGGAAAUAAAUUCCACAAAUUAACUUUUAAGAAUGCACACCUGUUAAUUGAAAUGCAUUCCAGGUGACUACCUCAUGAAGCUGGUUGAGGGAAUGCUAAGAGUGUGCAAAGCUGUCAUCAAGGCAAAGGGUGGCUAUUUGAAGAAUGUCAAAUAUACAAUAUUUUGAUUUGUCUAACACUUUUUUGGUUACUACGUGAUUCCAUAUGUGUUAUUUCAAAGUUUUGAUGUCUUCACUAUUAUUCUACAAUGUAAAAAAUAAAGAAAAACCCUUGAAUGAGUAGGUGUUCUAAAACUUUUGACCGGUAGUGUAAGUGUUCAUGCAAUGUUGUUCUGCAGUAAGAUGUCAGUUGACUGAUGUUGCAGCAUCUUAGCCUGAUUUAUAUUGACUUUCUGGCAAUUGUGUAAUCAGGGCCGGUUCCAGGCAUAAGUAAUAUAAGCGGCCACUAGGGGGCCCCAACCCAAAACAUUUUAUUUAGAAUUUUUUGAGGAACUCAGUGGGGUCUCAACUUACUGUUGAGGGUAAGAAUAGUAGAAUACACCAGGUGCAAUGUCAAAAUAUGUGCAUCAUUAGUUUUUCUCUUGUUAUGUCUGUCACUGACAGUCACUCAAUUAGCCAUGUUAGCUAGCAAUUGUUAGAUUGGUAGUUACUGUAGUCUAGCCAGCGACAGUUGAAGUCUGUAUCUAAACUUGUAGUAAUAAUGACCGAAUAUCAACUGGGCACGCAGGACACGUGCCCAGGGGCUCCUGCGUCGUCUGUUGAUCCGGUUAUCCUCAUCGUGGUACUCCAGCCCUCGGAGGCAUGAUUGGUGUCACACUUUUCCCCGGCCCCAGCUAACACACCUGAUUAAACUAACUAGAGUCCUGUAGAGAUUCACCUGAAAAACAUAUAAAUGGUGUCACAAGACUUUGUUUGCAAACAACUGUAGCAACACUAAAACUUUUUUUUUUUAAACCAAGCAAUUCUCUCAUAUCUAACAUAGAUGCUUGUGGUCGGCACAUCAUCUCUUGCACAUCUAUCAUUCCAGUGUUAAUACUAAUUGUAAUUAUUUUGCACUAUAGCCUAUUUUAUUGCCUUACCUCCAUAACUUGCUAAAUUUGCACACACUGUAUAUUAUAUGUAUUUCUGUUGUAUUUUUGACUUUGUUUUGUUUUACCCCAUAUGUAACUCUGUGUUGUUGUUUUUAUCGCACUGCUUUGCUUUAUCUUGGCCAGGUCGCAGUUGUAAAUGAGAACUUGUUCUCAACUGGUUUACCUGGUUAAAUAAAGGUAAAAAAAAAAAAAAAAAGAAAGUGUAGUGUUGAGUCAAUGUUGCUAAUUAUUGCUGUUAAACAAAGGAGUCCGCUUAUACUGAACUUUGAUCAUAAGUCUUAUUCAUAUCACAAGAUUUCAGCAUAAGUGUACAGAUGUCUAGAUCACCCGGAGAGCAGUGUUUUCCCAAAUUGCAAUGUCUGCUCUAACGUUCUUUGUUCAAACCCAGUAUUUAUAAUAUUCCCCAAAAUUUGGGUUGCUCCCUCUACUGUCCAAUCCCCUGUCUUCUAUGGGGCGUCACCCUAAAAACGGCUCUCUUUGAAACUAAAUAAACAUCCUCUCAGGUUCCACUUGAAACCUUAUCAAAGUCAUAAUCUUCAUAUACUACAAAAGCAAACAGGUUUAGGUAACAAAUGUUCAGAGUUGGAUCAUGUCUACAUACAGUAGCCAGGGAGAGGUGAGGUGGGGAACGUGAUUAGUCUAGAUAGAACAGCAUUUCUGUUUUUUGCCCUAGCACUACACAGCCGUUUCAAAUGAUAACAUCAUCAAGUGUUAAUGAUUUGAAUCAUCAAGUGUUAAUGAUUUGAAUCAGGUGUGUAGUGCUAAUGCAAAAACAGUAUCUUCCUCGACUGUCCCUGUCCCACACUGGGCUGGAUUUGUACUCCUCAGUCUUGCCCUCAUCGUUCUUCAGUGAGACGAGGUGGUGGCAUUGGGGGCGGGGGGGGGGGGGGGCUCUGUCUCAUUUAUCCGAGGUAGGCCUCUCCAGAGGAACACUGGGGGGGGGGGGGGGGGGGGGGACAUAUGGGGACAUAUGGAAAGGAGAGUAAAUUGACAUGGUCUUAUCAGUCAAGCGUACCAGUAUAAAUACAGGUAUUCUGGUUGGAAAUUGGGUGCUUACUGUCUCUGAACAUCUAGCUGGCAUCCCAGCUACUAAACUAACACCAGCCAUUAGACUAACAAAGAGAUACAAGAGAAUGGUAGCUAGUGUGUGUGUGUGUGUGUCAGUGUGUGUCUCGCUGUCUGUCACCAGAGUGGUAUAGUACGAAGCAAGCUAGAUCUACUCAGGCUUUUAUAAAGCUAGCCAGCUUCAGUUAGCUUCACAUCCCAGGUCAAGCUUCAUCCGUACUACGACGGUGGAUAUCGCUCGCCUGCCCGCGUGCCGCAUAUGGCUAGUCGAACGCCAAACUCUUCAUUGAGACAACGCUGAAACAUCAAUUAAUGGACUCGCCAGUGUGACGAAAACAAAAUGAAAGAAAAGUUAUCUUGCAAAUUCAGCAGGCUGUGGUGUGGAAUAGGCUCUUAGAAGUGUCGUCUUUAUUUUAUGACUUAUUGUUAAUGCCGUCUUUGGUGUUGCUUAUCAAUGCACAACCACCCUUUUCCCACUCCUAUCUGUGGAACAGCUUGUUUUGUUGUGGCCAUAGACAUAUAAUCCAUAGAAGGGUUUUGGAACCUCUUACCCUGGCAAUUUGACUGUUAAACUCAUGGGUACACUAGCAAUGGCUGCCAGUCUUGACUUGAAUGGGAACCGCCAUCUAUGGAUUAUAUUUCUAUGGUUGGUUGCGGCUGUCAGUUUGCCUUUUCACAAAUGUCAAAAAACAAUCACGCGACAAACAUACAGUUUGGAAACCAAAUGCUGUCCUUACUAAAUGUGUAAUUUGAUAGCUACACUGCUCAAAAAAAAUAAAGGGAACACUUAAACAACACAUCUUAGAUCUGAAUGAAUGAAAUAAUCUUAUUAAAUACUUUUUUCUUUACAUAGUUGAAUGUGCUGACAACAAAAUCACACAAAAAUUAUCAAUGGAAAUCAAAUGUAUCAACCCAUGGAGGUCUGGAUUUGGAGUCACCCUCAAAAUUAAAGUGGAAAACCACACUACAGGCUGAUCCAACUUUGAUGUAAUGUCCUUAAAACAAGUCAAAAUGAGGCUCAGUAGUGUGUGUGGCCUCCACGUGCCUGUAUGACCUCCUUACAAUGCCUGGGCAUGCUCCUGAUGAGGUGGCGGAUGGUCUCCUGAGGGAUCUCCUCCCAGACCUGGACUAAAGCAUCCGCCAACUCCUGGACAGUCUGUGGUGCAACGUGGCGUUGGUGGAUGGAGCGAGACAUGAUGUCCCAGAUGUGCUCAAUUGGAUUCAGGUCUGGGGAACGGGCGGGCCAGUCCAUAGCAUCAAUGCCUUCCUCUUGCAGGAACUGCUGACACACUCCAGCCACAUGAGGUCUAGCAUUGUCUUGCAUUAGGAGGAACCCAGGGCCAACCGCACCAGCAUAUGGUCUCACAAGGGGUCUAAGGAUCUCAUCUCGGUACCUAAUUGCAGCCAGGCUACCUCUGGCGAGCACAUGGAGGGCUGUGCGGCCCCCCAAAGAAAUCCCACCCCACACCAUGACUGACCCACCGCCAAACCGGUCAUGCUGGAGGAUGUUGCAGGCAGCAGAACGUUCUCCACGGCAUCUCCAGACUCUGUCACGUCUGUCACAUGUGCUCAGUGUGAACCUGCUUUCAUCUGUGAAGAGCACAGGGCGCCAGUGGCAACUUUGCCAAUCUUGUUGUUCUCUGGCAAAUGCCAAACGUCCUGCACGGUGUUGGGCUGUAAGCACAACCCCCACCUGUGGACGUCGGGCCCUCAUACCACCCUCAUGGAGUCUGUUUCUGACCGUUUGAGCAGACACAUGCACAUUUGUGGCCUGCUGGAGGUCAUUUUGCAGGGCUCUGGCAGUGCUCCUCCUGCUCCUCCUUGCACAAAGGCAGAAGUAGCGGUCCUGCUGCUGGGUUGUUGCCCUCCUACGGCCUCCUCCACGUCUCCUGAUGUACUGGCCUGUCUCCUGGUAGCGCCUCCAUGCUCUGGACACUACGCUGACAGACACAGCAAACCUUCUUGCCACAGCUCGCAUUGAUGUGCCAUCCUGGAUGAGCUGCACUACCUGAGCCACUUGUGUGGGUUGUAGACUCCGUCUCAUGCUACCACUAGAGUGAAAGCACCGCCAGCAUUCAAAAGUGACCAAAACAUCAGCCAGGAAGGAUAGGAACUGAGAAGUGGUCUGUGGUCACCACCUGCAGAACCACUCCUUUAUUGGGGGUGUCUUGCUAAUUGCCUAUAAUUUCCACCUGUUGUCUAUUCCAUUUGCACAACAGCAUGUGAAAUUUAUUGUCAAUCAGUGUUGCUUCCUAAGUGGACAGUUUGAUUUCACAGAAGUGUGAUUGACUUGGAGUUACAUUGUGUUGUUUAAGUGUUCCCUUUAUUUUUUUGAGCAGUGUAUUUUAACGUAACCAUUUUUUUUACACACACAAAAACCUUUGAUUUAAUAAAAUAUUUAAUCAGUCGUCUUCCACAAAUGAAGGGGAUGAUGACUCAGUCUUUUCGAGACGGAUGGAAUCUGAUUUCAUUGGUCCUCAACUCGCAGCUCAGACAUUUCAUUCAGGAUAAAUGGAGUAAGCCCUGAGAUAGCCUGCCCCGGAGCAGGUUAGUUCUGAAGGAUUCAUUGCCAUAGAAAUUUCCCUGGCGAAAAGGUGAGCCACUUUCAUGUUAUCGGUUAUCCUGAGUUGAACUCAGUUGAGCAAAGUUACCUCGCUAACUCCUCAAGCCUGAUUCGUGGUAUAGGGCUCAGGACGAAGCCCUCUCUCUUGCCCGUCUCAUCUGUCCCACCCGCUACAGCACUGUGCUCCCAGUUCAACCUCCAACAAGCUGAUCGCGGUGUCUGUGAAUGCAUCCAUCCACACAACCCAGAGACAUAACAUUAAAAAUCAACCAUACACUAACAAUAUCUACAAAUAAUUAAUAAUUUUGGCAAUUUUGGCACUGUAACGGUUUAUUUACGAAGGCUCUUACAGCAUAUCUCACGUAUGGCGUCUUUACAUGUGUAGGCAGAUACUCUUCAUCAAACAUCAGUAAAAUGUCUUUCUUCCGUCUUUCCAUCCACUGCAGGCACUGUGCUCCCACCACUACUGGAAACUUCUUCUUAAGACAUGAAACCUCAAUGUCCAGCGACACUCCUGAUAUCGCACCUUUUUUAAUUGGUGCCCUGCUCCAAUUUAUGGAGCCACAAAGAUUUCUCCUUCUACUCUUCCGAGGCGCAUUAAAUUAAAACAAAACCACACCUGGUAACUCUGACUGAUUCUACCUUUCCCUAAUGCAUCCUUUAUAACCUUUGACCUCAAAUGGAUCUCCCCAAGUAUACAUCAUUAUUAACAAAUUGCACUCCAACAAGAAACCGAUGAUAAUCUACAACUUGUGUUAUUCUUGCUCUAUUUUUAGUUGCCACGGUCUUCCACUCUCUCGCCGAGCACCAUCAGAAUCAACCAGCACUUCUACUUCCACCACGAUUCCGUCCAGUUGUUGCUUCUCCAACCUUCUCUCCAUAUCCUCCAUCGCCGCAUCCUCACUACUCGCCGGCAUUCCGCUCCCAAAAUAGCGGUUUGAACCAGUCCAACAGCUUCCGCUCCGUACACAAACCAUUUAACGUGCGUGCCAACCAGAUGUAAUGAUGAGUUCAAUGUACGAUGUCAUAGGAGCAACCGAGCAAACACCACCUCUUCCUCCCUAAUCUGACCUAUGAAUCUUGGUCCACCGACCUUUCUUUGGAGGGCAUAUAAAUGCCGGCCCUUGGGCUCGCUGUCCCAACUCUUCUGCCACACAUCUAUCAUAAAGGUGUUCAUCUUACAUUUGGCUUCACCCACUUCUCCCGGUCGUACUGUCUGAGCUAACUUGACUGUGUAUCAGGGUUCCCCAACUGGCGGCCCCCGCGGGUGGUUUAUUUUUUUAGUUGUAUUGUUUGCAUAUCGUUGUAUUCUAAAUGUGUGUGACUGUCCUUGUCUAUCAGUGUAUCAGUGUUUUGUUACUUGUCAUGUUGUAUGUUUUUUUUUGUGGACCCCAGGAAGAGUAGCUGCUGCUUCCGCAAGAGCUAAUGGGGAUCCAAAUAAACAAAAACAGCUAAAAUGGCAUUGUUCGGCCCAACGCGGUAUUCAGAAAAUCCAUCAUGGGGGAAGUUACGUACUGUGGUGUAUUCCUUUUUAUGAAAACAUAUGCACAAUUAAAUCAUUAUACAGUAUAAACGUGUUAUUUAAUUGUGAGACCUUUCUACAGUUGAUCUAGUGUCUGUAGCUUAAACUGUUGAAGAGCUGUACCAUUUUGAAAACCAAAAUAGCCUGCCAUUGACAGACAUGUUGUUUUUAUGCAAUUCCAAAUAGUGGCAGGACUUGUGUUUAUUAUCAGACCUUCCGGGAAAAAAAACCCUUGGAAAUAAAUACAAAAACAUAUGUUUUAAGUGAAAUAUUAGCUUUUGUCUGAAGCCGGAAAAAGACCUUCUCUCAAACAGCCUAAUACAUACUCUACAUACUCUACAUUAAUGUACUUUGUAAAGUAAACGUGUUUUUUCAUGUAAGAUAUAAUCCCAUUCCACUCAUUGUGUAUUACAUGAAAAAACACGUUUACGUUACCAAGUACAUUUAAUGUGCUAAACCCUCUCUAAGAGUAUGUAUUAAGCUCUUUCAGAGGUUUGAAUCCUAAAUCAACCCAUCCAAUGUGAGUACAUCCUGUUGUUGAAGUACAGUAGAUCAACAAAGCUACAUACAGUACUCUAGCAGUAGUCAAGCUGCUUAUGCUGAAAAACCCUGUUAGUGCAUAGGUCAAAUUUAGCUUUUAGAAUUUUCUGUAUUUUCCGGGCCUCAUAAAAAAGCUGAUAUUUCACUUAAAACAAAGUUGUUUUGUAUUAAUAGGCUCAGUUUAUAGGAUUCAGCUAUUUUAUAGGCUUUCUAUAACCUAGUAGCCAAGCCUACUUGAUCAGAUUAGCUUGGUGUUGGAAUUUGUCUCUCUGUUCAGACUCCUCUCCGGACAUCUAACUAAAGUCAUGAGUUUGUGGAGGUUACCUAGGCUACUCUGUGUUGGAUUGUACAAUACCUGCCCUCCUCUGUAUUAUGUGUAUCCCUUUGAUGAAGAGAAGUGUACUCUCUUCUGAAAGAUAUAGACACACCGCUGAAUCACUGUCUGAAGCCCACCACAGUAGCCCACGUCACGUGAUCAUCUAGACCUGCUGCAGCUAAUGGCAGAAGUUAUACCAGUGAAUCACAGCGAGUAAAGGAAGAUAACGUAUUCAAAGAUAUGGUGCCUGAGCUAGUACCUAAAGCACUAGUGAACAGAGAACAGAGAAGUUCACUAGCCUGGUCCCAGAUCUGUUUGUGCGGUCUUGUCUUGGUUGACAAUUACCAUAGGAUGGGCUAUACAAAGAGAUCCUGUUAAAAUAGUAUUAUAAUUUCCUAAUUAUUUUGGGGCUAUACAGCACAAGCACACCUCAGACCAGGCUGGGGGGAAAAAAAACACCUCACUGGCUCACUACUAGAGGUCUUUUUGGACCCCGUUCUGAAAUGGACCUGGGGCUUUCCCACCCGGACCUGAUAUGCAUAAAUAUAUAUCUUUUUUAAAUAGAGACCCGUUCCGAACGGACCCGAGGACAACUAAACCCGUUCCGUAUAGACCUAGUCGGAUCCAGACCAGGUCUGAUCCGAGUGAGUAAAGUCAUUUUUUUAAGCUACUUUAUUAGCCGGAGCAUAUAAUGCUCGAGAGGAGGGACAGGGAGGCAGAAGUGCCACUCUAGCUGGCUGAGCAGGGAGGGAGAGACGAGAGACGGUAACCAACCAAGACGGUAACCAACCAAGCCGACCUGCCCUAUAGUAGACUAUUAGCUGCGAUAGCUAGGUUAUUUAUCAUAAAAUAUGAUUACGUAGUACCUAUCUUGACUGCAUCAAACCUGGAGAAGCUAGUCAAGCUAGCUAACGUUAGCUAGUUAGGCUCAUUGAGGCUGGAGUGCGUGCGCUUUCUCAUCCUACAGUUACACACAACAACGACUCCGUUCAGAAUAUAAAGUAGCAGCCUACCUGUUGGCUCUUGGUCAUUGUAGCCUGUCCUUUAACUUUGAAUUCCAUCUUCCAUUGAUUAGAUAUCUUCUAACUUAUAUGACUGUAGCCUAUUGCCCAUCUGAUUGGCAGACAAGAACAAGCUACAUGCUCCUGUCCGGUGAAAAGCAAGAGAAGCAGCAUAAAUGAUUACAUCUCUCUCUCUCUCUCUCUUAUCUCUCUUGCCUACCUACCUACCUGCCUGCCUGCCUGCCUGCCUGCCUGCCUGCCUACCUGCCUGCCUGCCUGCCUGCCUGCAUACAUACCUGAAACCUGUGACAAUCAUAUCCGUCCCGUGACAUUAUUUUGAAUUCUGGAUCCGGACCUGCUCGGGUCUCGGUUUAUUCGGGUACAGAUGGAUCCGUGAAGGCCUCUACUCACUACCUGUUCUGUGGUUCCCUAGGUGAUGAGUUGGAGUCCCUGAUUGGAUCACUAUCUGUUCUGUUGUUCCCUAGGUGAUGAGUUGGAGCGUCUGAUUGGAUCACUAUCUGUUCUGUUGUUCCCUAGGUGAUGAGUUGGAGUACCUGCGGCCCAACAUUUACCGUAAUGUAGCUCGUCAGCUGAACAUCACCGUUGCGUCUGAGAGCGUGGUGUCCGAUGCCUUCCUGGCUGUGGCUGCAGAGAUCUUCUCCACCGGUAGGACAAUGCCUAUUCACUACUACACCACUAGGACUAUACCUAUUCACUACUACACCACUACGACUAUACCUAUUCACUACUACACCAGUAGGACUAUACCUAUUCACUACUACACCAGUAGGACUAUACCUAUUCACUACUACACCAGUAGGUACUAUACCUAUUCACUACUACACCAGUAGGACUAUACCUAUUCACUACUACACCAGUAGGACUAUACCUAUUCACUACUACACCAGUAGGACUAUACCUAUUCACUACUACACCAGUAGGACUAUACCUAUUCACUACUACACCAGUAGGACUAUACCUAUUCACUACUACACCAGUAGGGACUAUACCUAUUCACUACUACACCAGUAGGACUAUACCUAUUCCUACUACACCAGUAGGACUAUACCUAUUCACUACUACACCAGUAGGACUAUACUAUUCACUACUACACCAGUAGGACUAUACCUAUUCACUACUACACCAGUAGGACUAUACCUAUUCACUACUUACACCAGUAGGACUAUACCUAUUCACUACUACACCACUUAGGACUAUACCUAUUCACUACUACACCAGUAGGACUAUACCUAUUCACUACUACACCAGUAGGACUAUACCUAUUCACUACUACACCAGUAGGACUAUACCUAUUCACUACUACACCAGUAGGACUAUACCUAUUCACUACUACACCAGUAGGACUAUACCUAUUCACUACUACACCAGUAGGACUAUACCUAUUCACUACUACACCAGUAGGACUUAUCACUCUAUUCACUAUUCUUACACCAGUAGGACUAUACCUAUUCACUACUACACCAGUAGGACUAUACCUAUUCACUACUACACCAGUAGGACUAUACCUAUUCCACUACUACAACCAGUAGGACUAUACCUAUUCACUACUACACCAGUAGGACUAUACCUAUUCACUACUACACCAGUAGGACUAUACCUAUUCACUACUACACCAGUAGGACUAUACUUUCACUACUACAAAAGACUAUACCUAUUCACACACCCAGUAGGACUAUACCUAUUCACUACUACACCAGUAGGACUAUACCUAUUCACUACUACACCAGUAGGACUAUACCUAUUCACUACUACACCAGUAGGACUAUACCUAUUCACUACUACACCAGUAGGACUAUACCUAUUCACUACUACACCAGUAGGACUAUACCUAUUCACUACUACACCAGUAGGACUAUACCUAUUCACUACUACACCAGUAGGACUAUACCUAUUCACUACUACACCAGUAGGACUAUACCUAUUCACUACUACACCAGUAGGACUAUACCUAUUCACUACUACACCAGUAGGACUAUACCUAUUCACUACUACACCAGUAGGACUAUACCUAUUCACUACUACCACCAGUAGGACUAUACCUAUUCACUACUACACCAGUAGGACUAUACCUAUUCACUACUACACCAGUAGGACUAUACCUAUUCACUACUACACCAGUAGGACUAUACCUAUUCACUACUACACCAGUAGGACUAUACCUAUUCACUACUACACCAGUAGGACUAUACCUAUUCACUACUACACCAGUAGGACUAUACCUAUUCACUACUACACCAGUAGGACUAUACCUAUUCACUACUACACCAGUAGGACUAUACCUAUUCACUACUACACCAGUAGGACUAUCCUAUUCACUACUACACCGUAGGACUAUACCUAUCACUACUACACCAGUAGGACUAUACCUAUUCACUACUACACCAGUAGGACUAUACCUAUUCACUACUACACCAGUAGGACUACCUAUUCACUCUACACACCAGUAGGACUAUACCUAUUCCACUACUACACCAGUAGGACUAUACCUAUUCACUACUACACCAGUAGGACUAUACCUAUUACUACACCAUUAGACAACCUAUUCACUACUACACCACUAGGUACUCUACCUAUUCACUACUACACCAGUAGGACUAUACCUAUUCACUACUACACCAGUAGGACUAUACCUAUUCACUACUACACCAGUAGGGACUAUAACCUAUUCACCUACUACACCCAGUAUGGACUAUACCUAUUCACUACUACACCAGUAGGACUAUACCUAUUCCACUGCUACACCAGUAGGACUAUACCUAUUCACUACGUGGACUAUAUAUCACCAUAGACUUCCUAUCACUCUACACCAGUAGGACUAUACCUAUUCACUACUACACCAGUAGGACUAUACCUAUUCACUACUACACCAGUAGGACUAUACCUAUUCACUACUACACCAUAGGACUAUACCUAUUCACUACUACACCAGUAGGACUAUACCUAUUCACUACUACACCAACAUGCUUAUGACCAAAUAUACACUAUCACCUGGACUAAAUCUACAACCAGUAGGACUAUACCUAUUCACUCACACCAUAGGACUAACCUAUCACUACUACACCAUAGGACUAUACCUAUUCACUACUACACCAGUAGGACUAUACCUAUUCACUACUACACCAGUAGGACUAUACCUAUUCACUACUACACCAGUAGGACUAUACCUAUUCACUACUACACCAGUAGGACUAUACCUAUUCACUACUACACCAGUAAGACUAUACCUAUUCACUACUACACCACUAGGACUAUACCUAUUCACUACUACACCAGUAGGACUAUACCUAUUCACUACUACACCAGUAGGACUAUACCUAUUCACUACUACACCACUAGGACUAUACCUAUUCACUACUACACCAGUAGGACUAUACCUAUUCACUACUACACCAGUAGGUCUAUACCUCUCUGACAACAAGCCUGGGGCAAACAAACAAUUGCACAUUUUACAUGACCUGUGUUGACUCGGAUAUGAUCUUUUCAGCAUUAUGGUUCCAUCUACUAUCUACAGUAUGGUGGAUUCAUAACCAGGCCAGCUCAACUUUGUUUGCCUUGGCUCGGUUCGGCUUAGUAGUGUGAAAAAACCUGAAAUGUAUGGACGACUGGUUAUAAUGUAUCUGCGUUGUAACAUGAUGCCAGUGGCAAUGUUGGCACAGAGUUAUUUUAUUGUGGCAAAUAUUAGCAAGAAUAUUCAUGGCAAAGAGAAGUAAGCAAGCACAGAGGAUGUCGAGGGCCUAUUAGCAGUGUGCUUUGUUUGGAAAAGGAGGAACUAGUGGAUUCAUUAUCAAUCAAACAGAAGAUAUUUCAACUUUGGGAGCACAAGCUUGACUCACUUUAAGGAAGACCAGCUCUCAGUAUUGUGUGUUACCAUUAUUUUACCACUCUUUAAAAUGAUUUACUGACGGGGGGCAAAGCAUAGUUCUGUGGGAGAAGGUAGAAAUAGACCACUGCUGACAUUUUUGUACACAUUCAGUCUUUGCCGUCUUUCAAUUUAAACACUCUGAGCAACCUGGAGCGUGUAGAGUAGAGAUUGAGACUUAGCCAUGAGACUGUGGAAGACCGAACGCUCAUUCCCCCAGGAGCCUGAAAAAUGUAUUCUUGCCAUGGCUCUGGGCUCAUAUUCACAAAAUUAGGAGUGCUGAUGUAUAGUCAGUUUUGCCUUUUUAGAGGGUCUUCACACUUACCAAAAUACCCUCGGCUACACAUAUUUCUACUAAACUUGUCACGUCUUGACCACUACCUCCAGAUGUAGCGCACGACACUCGCCCGAAAGCUGCCCCCCCUCUAAACAGGGCAGUGUAAACUAAAUUGUAUCGUUGAGCCAACAAUCUUACAGUAAAAAUUGCAAUAGCAGAGCAAUGUUUUUUUAAACAUCUGAAAUAUAGACUUUUACCUUAUUUUUUUAGACUUGUUUUCAGUUGCAAUUUGCUUUUACCUUAUAUAGGCCUAAUGACUUACACGAUAUUGAUCAAAUGAAGUCUGGUUUUUUUCUAAGGUAACUUUUAAUAUGCUAGUGUCAGCCUAAGAGCUCCUAUCUAGCUACGGUUCAGUUUAAGGUCAGCCUUCAGCUAACAGCCAGCACGUUGAUGUGAGACGGAUGAAUAAAUUAUUUUUGUUUAGCUAGCUAGCUAGCUAGCUAACAUUACCUAGCUGUGUAGCCUAGCUAAUAUUAUAAUAUGAAUAACAGCGUAUGAUAACGUUACUGUACUUUUACAUUCGUAUGGGAGGGGUAAACGUUCAUUAUUGAUAUGCUAAUGUUACUUGAUCAUGAAGCAUGUUGUUAGCUAGCUGGCUAGCAGGAGUUAGCUAGCUGUGUAUUGUCAGCUAAUUUAAUGUCUACGGACGAGAAAAUAGACCCUUUAGUUUUCUGCACAUGCUUGUGAAUUGUUGCAUUAUUCAAGAGUGUAAUAUGGUUUGGUUGCGUUAUUCAAUAGUGUAAUGUUUUAGAAGAAAAGUUCAGAUAGCUCGGAUUAUUAAAUAGUUAGUGCUUAGUGGCUAGUGGCUACUGUGAUAUUUAUGGUCAUUGAGCUGCGGACCCAGAAUGUCGCGUAGCCAGGCACAAUGAAAGGUAAGACGAGGAUGUCAUGUGAAUUGAAAAGUAGAAAUCUCUUUAAGCACUUCGCUUCAGACUCUUCUUCAUCUCUCGUAGUGGGAAUAGGGCCUUAGAUCACAAUGAAUCACAUGGAGGGGGGGGGGGGACCAGACCAGGGCCCGUAUUCACAAAGCAUCUCGGAGUAGGAGUGCUGAUCUAGGAUCAGGGCCCGUAUCCACAAAGUGCCGAUCUUUGUGGAUACGGGCCCUGAGCCUGGAUCAGCACUCCUAUACUCUGAGACGAUUGAUACAUACGGCCCCCUGGUCGGGUGGGUCUCCUCCUGUCAGACUCGGAAUGGAACUGGUCGAGGGGAAGAAUUCUGGAACCAAUAUUCGGUUAGAAUACGACAACCAGGAGCCUGGAAGCUGUGACUUCUAGACUGUAGAUUCAUUCCUGUUGCUGCUCUGCUCUCCCAUCAGAACAGAACUGGUAGAGGGCUGAACUCUAGACCGGCCCAUAUUAGGUUAGAAAAUGCCCAUGCCAGAGAUUACAGACUGUUCUGUUAGGCCCCACCCAGCCCAGGGAGUUCACUCCACAACUUUUAACAGCCUUCUCCAGAGCAAUUCCCUACAAUCCCCACCCUGCUACAGUAACAGUAACCCAAUUUAAAGGGGCAAUUAAAGGGAUAGUUUGACAUUUUGGCAAUUUAAGCACUUUUUUUCUACUUACCGAGAGUCCGAUGAACUCAUGGCUACCAUUUUAUAUGUCUCUGCGUGCAGUUUGAAAGGACGUUGAAGGUAGUUUCUGGAGCCAUCGCUAAAUAACUAACUAACUAACUAACUAACUAACUAACUAACUAACUAACUAACUAACUAACUAACUAACUAAUGGGAAGUCUACAAGAGCAGCUAGCAUGUUAGAAAAAAAGGGGCUUAAAAGGGAUAAGUGGAAAAAAAGGGUAUAGUUGCCAAAAUGUCGAAGUUUCCCUUUAAGGAGCGGCAACUCAAGGGCAAACAUCAGUUGCGUGUUCCAAGAGGUACCCUAUUCCCUUUAGAGUGCACUACUUUAGACCAGCCCAUAGGGAACGAGGAGCCAUUUGGGAUGCACCCUUAACUGAAUGUACUGUCUGAAGUAUUCUUCUGAGAACCAUAACUGUGGUUUUAAGCAGACAGGCAUACAGUAAGUGGCUACAACAGGAUGGUGAAAUGAGAUCAUAUCUGUAUUCUGGGCAUCCUGUUAGUAGGAAGAAAAGCUGCAGAGCCUUUCAUAAAGCUUUCUCCUGUAUUGAACCACACAGGGCAGGUCAUUUUUAUAACAGGCUUAUCAGAACUGGACCAGGUCCAUUCGGUCCUGUUGUUAAUCUGCUGUUGACCCACAGUGCCUUGCAAAAGUAUUCAUCCCCCUCGCCGUUUUUCCUAUUUUGUUGCAUUACAACCUGUAAUUUGAAUAGAUCUUUACUUGGAUUUCAUGUAAUGGACAUACACAAAAUAGUCCAAAUUGGUGAAGUGAAAUGAAAAAAAUAACUUGUUUCAAAAAAUACAUAAUGGAAAAGUGGUGCGAGCAUAUGUAUUCACCCCCUUUGCUAUGAAGCCCCUAAAUAAGAUCUGGUGCAACCAAUUACCUUCAGAAGUCACAUAAUUAGUUAAAUAAAGUCCACCUGUGUGCAAUCUAAGUGUCACAUGAUCUGUCACAUGAUCUCAGUUUUUUAUAUAUAUACACCUGUUCUGAAAGGCCCCAGAGUCUGCAACACCACUAAGCAAGGUGCACCACCAAGCAAGCGGGUCAGGGACAAAGUUGUGGAGAAGUACAGAUUAGGGUUGGGUUAUAAAAAAAUAUCAGAAACUUUGAACAUCCCACGGAUGGAAAGAAUAUGGCACCAAAGAUGACCCUGAAGGAGCUGCAAAGCCCCACAGCGGAGAUUGGAGUAUCUGUCCAUAGGACCACUUUAAGCCGUACACUCCACAGAGCUGGCCUUUACGGAAGAGUGGCCAGAAAAAAGCCAUUGCUUAAAGAAAAAAAUAAGCAAACACAUUUGGUGUUCGCCAAAAGGCAUGUGGGAGACUCCCCAAAAAUAUGGAAGAAAGUACUCUGGUCAGAAGAGACUAAAAUUGAGCUUUUUGGCCAUCAAGGAAAACGCUAUGUCUGGCGCAAACCCAACACCUCUCAUCACCCCGAGAACACCAUCCCCACAGUGAAACAUGGUGGUGGCAGCAUCAUGCUGUGGGGAUGUUGUAGCUCAUUUGGUAGAGCAUGGCGCUUGCAACGCCAGGGUUGUGGGUUCGAUUCCCACGGGGGCCCAGUAUGAAAAAUGUAUGCAUUCACUAACUGUAAGUCGCUCUGGAUAAAAGCAUCUGCUAAAUUACAAAAAAAUAAAUAAUAUUCAUCGGCAGGGACUGGGAAACUGGUCAGAAUUGUUGGAUGGUGCUAAAUACAGGGAAAUUCUUGACGGAAACCUGUUUCAGUCUUCCAGAGAUUUGAGACUGGGACAGAGGUUCACCUUCCAGCAGGACAAUGACCCUAAGCAUACUGCUAAAGCAACACUUGAGAAGGUUUAAAGGGAAACAUUUAAAUGUCUUGGAAUGGCCUAGUCAAAGCCCAGACCUUAAUCCAAUUGAAAAUCUGUGGUAUGACUUAAAGAUUGCUGUACACCAGCAGAACCCAUCCAACUUGAAGGAGCUGGAGCAGUUUUGCCUUGAAGAAUGGUCAAUAAUCCCAAUGGCUAGAUGUGCCAACCUUAUAGAGACAUAGCCCAAGAGACUUGCAGCUGUAAUUGCUGCAAAAGGUGGCUCUACAAAGUAUUGACUUUUGGAGUGUCUCUCACUGUUCAAAUAAACCUACAAUUAAAAUUAUAGACUGAUCAUGUCUUUGUCAGUGGGCAAACGUACAAAAUCAGCAGGGGAUCAAAUACUUUUUUCCCUCAUUGUAUAGCUAUACUAAUCAUAGUCUAGUUGUGUUGACACUGUCCCAUUCUGUCAGGGAAUGACUGUUGAAUCCAUGACGUUGGACUUAAACCUUGUAUUUCACAGAGUCCAUUACAUUGUCAGUUGAUUAUAUUACAUUUUCAGAACACUAGAACUAUUUGUUUGGAUGAUAAAGAAGUGAGAAAUCCUUUUAUGUUACUUAGAACUGAAAUGAGCUUAUUUGGACAAAGGAAUGAGACUGUGCUUGGAACUAUUCAGCCCUCAUAGCCAGAAGACCUUACCAUAAAUGGUAGUGUACUAGAAAAAAUCCUUACUGAAAACAAAUGCUUCAAGUUUGAUUAAUGUCUGAGCUAGUAAGGAUUUAGUAUAACCCUUUUAGAGAUCGCCUGGCUGUUUCUGGUGUAUCGGUGCUGUUUUGUUCACGGGCAGUUGGACAUGCUGCUGAAUGCCUGGCUGCUGAUUCUAUUUGCAUCUCUCUCUCUCUCUCUCUCUCACGCUCUCUCUCUCUCUCCCUCUCUCUCUCUCUCUCUCUCUCUCUCUCCUCUCUCUCUCUCUCUCUCUCUCUCUCUCUCUCUCCCCCCCCCCCCCCCCCCCCCCCCCCCCCCCCCCUCUCUCUCUCUCUCUGCCCCCCUUCACUGAAGGAGUUCCUGGCAGAGAUGCAGUCAGCUCCUCAAACACACUCGGCUCCCUCUGGCAGACAGGGAGCUCAGACAGGCAGGCAGGCAGACUGACAGACAGGGAGCUCAGACAGGCAGGCAGACAGGGAGCUCAGACAGACAGACAGGCAGGCAGACAGGGAGCUCAGACAGGCAGGCAGACAGGGAGCACAGACAGGCAGGCAGGCAGGCGGACAGGGAGCUCAGACAGGCAGGCAGGCAGGAAGACUGACAGACAGGGAGCUCAGACAGGCAGGCAGACAGGGAGCUCAGGCAGGCAGGCAGACAGGGAGCUCAGACAGGCAGGCAGGCAGGAAGACUGACAGACAGGGAGCUCAGACAGGCAGGAAGACAGGGAGCUCAGGCAGGCAGGCAGACAGGGAGCUCAGACAGGCAGGCAGGCAGGAAGACUGACAGACAGGGAGCUCAGACAGGCAGGCAGACAGGGAGCUCAGACAGGCAGAUAGGAAGACUGACAGACAGGGAGCUCAGACAGGCAGGCAGACAGGGAGCUCAGACAGACAGACAGGCAGGCGGACAGGGAGCUCAGACAGGCAGGCAGGCAGGAAGACUGACAGACAGGGAGCUCAGACAGGGAGCUCAGACAGACAGACAGGCAGGCAGACAGGGAGCUCAGACAGACAGACAGGCAGGCGGACAGGGAGCUCAGACAGGCAGGCAGGCAGGAAGACUGACAGACAGGGACCUCAGACAGACAGGCAGACAGACAGACAGACAGACAGACAGACAGACAGACAGACAGACAGGGACCAGACAGACAGACAGGACCAGACAGACAGACAGACAGACAGACAGACAGACAGACAGACAGACAGACAGACAGACAGACAGACAGACAGACAGACAGACAGACAGACAGACAGGCAAGCAGAAAGACAGACAGACAGGGAGCUCAGACAGGAAAGCAGAAAGACAGACAGGCGGCUCAGACAGACAGGGAGCUCAGAGAGACAGACAGGGAGCUCAGACAGACAGGGAGCUCAGAGAGACAGACAGGGAGUGCAGACAGGCAGGCAGACAGACAGGGAGCUCAGAAAUUCACUGCUUUCUCAUGCAUCCUUCAGGCAGCAUGAUCAUGUAGAACCCAAACCAUGAUCUCAUGUCAUUGCUAUACAGUCUCCGUAUUAUAUAUGAAUAAUUUUACAUUAUCCAUUUUGUAAUAAACUUAAAUGAAAUGGUAAAUAAAAAGGUUUACAUUUGACACUGUUAAGAGUAUUGAAAUGUGUGGGAAGGGGUGACCUGGGUGACCUUAUGACCUCAUGUCUGAAGUCUGCUUGACUGACUCAAGACUGCAUUCAGUCAAUAUUGGAGAGCGAGUGUCUGCACCGUUAGUCAUGCUGGAGGUGUAUGUAAUGCGUCUGGUGUCUGAGUCUCUGUCUGCGUCUCUCCUCAGGUAUAACGUGGGGGAAGGUGGUGUCCCUGUACGCGGUGGCGGGUGCCCUGGCGGUGGACUGCGUGCGCCAUGGUCACCCAGCCAUGGUCCACACCAUCGUAGACUGCAUGGGGGAGUUUGUCCGCAAGAGCCUGCUCUCCUGGUUGAAGAGGAGAGGAGGAUGGGUAAGAGUUUCUAUGCUCACCACUCCAUGGUUUCACCCAUAGACAUCGCAUUGCUAAAAUGAAAAGCCCAUCAGACAACCGCAAUUUGACCGAAUAAAUAUGGGUACACUCAGUAUGGCUGACUUGGUAUUCAAAUCAAAUCACAUUUUAUUUGUCACAUGCGCCGAAUACAACAGGUGUACCUUACCGUGAAAUGCUUACUUACAAGCCCUUAACCAACAACGCAGUUCAGUUAAGAAAAUAUUUACUAAAUAAGUUUAAAAAAUAAAAUAUAAAAGUAACACAAUAAAAUAACAAUAACGAGGCUAUAUACAGAGGGUAACGGUACCGAGUCAAUGUGCGGGGGUACAGGUUAGUCGAGGUAAUUUGUACAUGUAGGUAGGGGUAAGGUGACUAUACAUAGAUAAUAAACAGAGAGUAGCAGCAGUGUAAAAACAAAGGGGGGGGUCGUCAAUGUAAAUAGUCUGGGUGGCCAUUUGAUUAAUUGUUCAGCAGUCUUAUGGCUUGGGGGUAGAAGCUGUUAAGAAGCCUUUUGGACCUAGACUUAGCGCUCCGGUACCGCUUGCCGUGCGGUAGCAGAGAGAACAGUCUAUGACUAGAGUGGCUGGAGUCUUUGACAAUUUAUAGGACCUUCCUCUGACACCGCCUGGUAUAUAGGUCCUGGAUGGCAGGGAGCUUGGCCCCAGUGAUGUACUGGGCCGUACGCACUACCCUCUGUAGCGCCUUGCGGUCGGAGGCCGAGCAGGUAAACAGUGGAUGUAUGUAUAUGGUUUCACCAUCAUGGUGGUCUGUGUCUCUGCAGCGGGGAAGGCGGUUGAGGGAAGAGGGGUUGACUGCUGA